AUGCACCGGCCGAAUGGCCAGAAACCCAAGGAGAGGCCAGCCCCGACUACAAAUCAGCUGGUCACCUUCGACGCCCAGCUGGCAAAGCAGCAGGAGGAGGCGCAGCUCGCGAAGGAGCGACCCAAGAAGAACGACUACCUGGAUGUUUACACCGGUCCGAAGGUGAAGUGGGAAGACACGGGCCUGUAUAAGGCCCUUGUCAAGUCCCAGGACAUCGAGGAAGAGCUUACGAAGAUCCGGAAUCUGAUCCGGAAACGAACAGAUCCCGGCUACGAGCCUAACGAUGAGGAGGACUUCAAGGUGGCGCCCAUCCGGAAGUUCGACUCCAAGAAUGACUACUACAAGCUGCUAGAGGUGGAUGACUUCGCAUCGGUCAAGGACAUCAAGGGUGCCUACAAGCGCCUAGCCCUGCAGUACCACCCGGACAAGAACAGGGACAAGAAGCCCGACAAGCUCCGGGAGAUGCAGGACGAGUUCGAGAAGAUCCAGGAGGCGUAUGAGAUCCUCUCAGAUCGCGCCACGCGGCGGCAGUACGACCGCGCCCGCUUCGACGAGGCAAGAGCCAAGUCCCAGGGGAUGAACUCCUCCUUCUACUCGCAGAAGACGAACAGUGACUCGAACUUCUGGGGUCGCUGGUCCGGGAAGAAGGAGGGCCGAAGCGACGGCGUCAACGCACAGGAGGUUCAGAACUUGCUGAAGUCCAAGGCUCCGAAGCUACCGAAGGCCGCCGCCCUCCGCUUGGAGAUCAAGAUCUCCCUGGAGAAGGCCCUGAGAGGUGGCUUGAAGAUCCGAGAGGUCAAGCGGGAUCGGAUGCAGCGGGCCUUCGGGGGCACGAAUCAAAACCUCAAGACCGUGAACAUCAAGAUCGACCCGGGCCAGGCCGACGGGAGCGAGUACCGCUUGGAAGGAGAUGGCCAUUGGCCAAGCUUCAACACCACUCCAGGUGACUUGGUCGUCGUCUUCAGGCACAAGCCACAUGCAUUUCUCCGGCAGUCCAACAAAGAGACGGGUGCCCUGCAGCUGGCGAUGCCGCUGACGGUCCGUGCAAAGGCCACGGACCCGGUGCUGUCUGCGUGGUCGCCGACCUUCAAAGGAAGUAUGGUGUUAAUACGAUUCCAGAACCCUUUGCUGAAGCUGGCGCCGAACAAGGCGUGUAAUGUCACUUUUGUGAUCGAUGGUGAGGGUUUGCCGGUGCCCGGAGAACCCACCCGUCGUGGGCCCCUUGGUGUGACGGUCCACGUACAGUUGGAUGGCAACCCACUGGUGCCAUCAAUGAAUGCACCCUGCUGCAAGGAUGUCGUGGCGAAGCGACAUCUGAAGAAUUACAACCACCAAGCACACCUUAGGGUUAGCAUGUCAAACCCUCGUGCUUCUGGGUUCCCCGUGCGGAAGUUCGUAGCCGGAGAUGCCAAAGAGCGCGGGGGGCUGCGUCUCGGGGUGGCCUCAGUGGCAGUCAUCUGGGAGUCGGCGCCGGGAACGGAUCCGGUUGCUUUCGGCAAAGCCGCGGCAGCCCUGGGCCAUCAGGCCCAGCUGAAUCCUCAAGGCUACGGCUGGUGCUGCAACACCGGGCUCCUGAGACAGGCCCUGCCAAACGCAGGCCAUGUGGCUCUGGCCGACGAGGAGCUGGCGAGCGAGAGCGAGGACGAGCGGGCGAAUGGAAAGAGCCAGGAAGUUUUAAAGGCGAGCGCAGGGCAGCUCACAAAGCAGAGGCGUGUCCGGAAGCCGCGGCCAGAGGUGGAGAGAUUUCUCCUUCGCUUCAACCUGGGCCCGCCAGAAGGUUUUCCAGAUGCCUCCACGGACGAGGAGGCGGAGGAGGAGGGAUCCUGGUCACCAAGCUUUGCUGGCCAGCCGGGCCAAGCGACCGCGGAGUUGAGGGUGGACGAUGAGAAGGAGGGGGACGAAGAGGCGGAGCUUACCCGACUCAUACGGGAGAAGCAGAGCGAGCUGGAGGCUGCAAAGCGACGGUGGUCCGAGAGGAAGGAGCGCCAGCAGGGCGAGCGCGAAGAGGAGGAAGGCCUCCUCCGAGAGCUUUUGGAGAAGGACAAGAAGCGGGAGCUGGAGCGCGUCGAGCGCGAGAUGAACGGGCUGCGCUCCACCUUCGAGUUUCAGCUACAAGCUGAAAAGAAGUGGGUGGACGAGUUCAUUUCCACCAACAACUACCAAAACCAGUGGGUUUGCGUGUUCAAGCCAGCAAUGGUGAUCCGCAAGAAGCCCGCAGAGGACGGGCCGAUUACUCGCCGGAUCAUGUGCGACGAGGUGAUUAAAGCGAAGGGCAAGGUCACCGAUGACUACUGGAUUCAACUUGACACUGAUGAGUGGGCCCUCACAUGGCACAAGGUCCAUGGCCAGCUGCUGCAGCGCUGGUUCGGGACUGAACAGCAGCGGUAUCUCGAUCUCCAGGCCAAGAUCGAGGAGAGGCGCAAGGGCCGCAACGAGACUUUUGUGGCCUAUCGAAGGAAGAAGAAGGAGAUUGAGCAGUGGAGCAUCCCACCGGGCCCGUCCGAGGAAGAGAAAUGCGAGCUGGAGGACGAAGAAGGAGAGCAGCUUCACUUCGUGAUGGAGCCGGUCCUUAAAGAGAUGAAAGACUACAAGAGGCGCCUCCGGGAGCUUCGCCAGAAGCGCUUCGAAGCCGAAGCCGAGAGGCAACGUCGCGACGCUGGAGCCGAGGGUCUCGCGGCCGCGCCCUUGCCGGCGGGCUUCGAGGCGGCCCUGGGCGAGGAGGCGCAGGCAGAGGCGCCGGAAGCAAAGGCAGAGACCGAGACGACCGAGCAACGGCCGUGGGAGGAGACAAAGCAAGCCGCAGACAAAGCCUUCAAAGACAAGGAAUGGAAUACGGCACUCUCACUCUACGGUCAGGCUCUGGAACUCGGUGGUGAUGGUUUAGAGUCCGCACAGCGCGCCACUUUGAUGUCAAAUCGGGCGCUUGUGUUUGCGAAGCUCUUUGACUGGGCGAAGAGCCUGGAAGAUGCGGUGGACGCAACGAUCCAGGAGCCCGACUGGCCCAAGGCCCUCUCCUCUGUUCUAACUGCUGGGUCCCGGGCAGGUCUGUAG